UCAGGGUUCAAAUUUGAUUCAUUGUAGAGCCCUAUUUCUUUCUUUAUCCGGUUGUGACCUUCGCCGUGCGCUAGUCCUGCCGCCAAGCAAGAUGGCAGAUGGAAGAAGAAGAGAUGAAAGGGGGAUUUGAUGGAAUGAGAGAGCGAAAGAAAGAAAGAAAGAAAGAGAGAGGAUGAGGAGCGAGAUGAUGAAGAGCAUCUGGGGGAGGCGGAGUUCAUCCACAUUCAUUAAUGAUGCUACAAGCUACGCUAGGGAACUUCAUGUUAUCCUGCUAGCUGCUAGCACCUGCUGAUAGUUCUUGUGUGCUAUUUGUUUGCAUGUUUCAAGGAGCGGGUUCCUCAAAGUCCAAUGUAAGGCAGACAGGACCUUUUAUCCUGUUAGGGCAAUUCCAUCUUUUAAAAAGUAGUAUCAUGUGGCAGCAAUGUGACCACGUGACUUCUGAGAUGGAACAAGAAGUGAAAAGGAUGAAGAGAAACGGAGUGAGGGACGGAGAGGCUGAGAGAGAGAGAGAGAGAGAGAGAGCGCGAGAGAAUACCAGCAAGACACAGAGACAAAAAGAAGGAGCUGGUGAUGCAGAGUGAGCAAAAGAUGGAGAGAGAGAGGGAGGGUGAGCGAGCAAGGAGGCUGCAGGAAGCUGUUGUGGCACGGGGAUAUUCAAGUUGCGCUCGCACAUGCCACCGGAGCCUCCGCGUGUCCCGAGAUUAAGACCCCCGUGGUGAGGACACCGCCGCCCUUGACGACCCCCGCAGACCCGCCUCUUGUCUUGAUGUCUCGGUGCGCGUGCGUGUUGCUGUGGUUGGCGUGCGGCUGCGUCACGCCGCGUGCAGAGCCAAGCGUGGCGAGGGUGCAGUCUGUAGGUUGGCCAGCAGAGAGCGCUCAACAGCAGGCAAGGAGCGUCUUCUCCUCUACGCCGCCUCCCUUCCAUGAUGAGGUGGGGGGCAGGCCCCCACUUCCGGGAACCACACUCGAGCUCAUGCCCACACCAACACACGCGCCCAGCGUCGAGGAUGAGACAACACUCCCUGAAGUGGACGCAUCAUCAUCAUCAUCAUCAUCACCAUCAUCAGAAACUUCCAGCUGCUCUGUUACCUUCAAGCAGCCUGAAGGUUACAUCGACUCGUCAGACGCGCUUCCCUCGGCUGGCCACGUACGCUGCACGUACACCAUCACCGUCUAUGCGGGGUACGGCGUCGAACUGCAGGUGAAGAGCGUGAACCUGUCGGACGGCGAGCGGCUGUCCAUCAGAGGUGUGGCCGAGGGCGGGGCCUGGCUGCUGCUUGCCAAUCAAACUUUGCUGGUGGAGGGACAGGUCAUCCGCAGCCCCAGCAACACGCUCGCUGUCUUCUUCAGCUCGGCGCGUGACGACGACGGCGUCGGCACGUUCCUGCUGCACUACCAGAUCUUUCGACUGAGUUGUUUACUUCCAAAGCGGCCCCACUUUGGGGAGGUAACCGUGUUGGACCUCUUGCCCGGGGGCACCGCCCGCUUCCACUGCCACAUGGGCUACCACCUGCAAGGGAAACCGCUGGUCACCUGCGUCAACGCCUCACGGCCGGCGUGGAGCAACAAGGAGCCCACCUGCAGAGCUCUCUGCGGCGGUACGGUGAAAAACGCCACGUUGGGCAGGGUCCUGUCCCCCUCGCCUCACCACGGGCCCAACUCCACACAAAAACACUCGUGCUCCUGGUCUCUAGAAGCCGCCCAAGAGCGGAGGCUGCACCUGCACCUGGAGCGCCUGCUACUUGGACCCUCGGACAGAUUGGUUCUGUGGAGCGGCCUGGAUGCCGGAUCCGUGGUGCUCUUCGACUCGGGUCGGAGCGCACAUGUCCCCUUUGAGGGGGUGAUCAGCGAGGGCCCUGCCGUGAGGAUCCAGUACUUCAUGGAGCAGCCCGACCAGAACACGGGAUUCAACAUCCGCUAUGAAGCCUUCGAGCGAGGUCACUGCUAUGAACCGUACCUCCAGAAUGGCAACUUCACCACAUCGGACCCCCUGUACGGCGUUGGCGCAGUGGUCCAGUUCAAUUGCGACCCGGGUCAUGCCCUAGAACAGGGUCCCCCCAUCAUCGAGUGCAUCAGUGCCAGAGACCCUUAUUGGAACGACACUGAACCGCUUUGUAAAGCUCAGUGCGGAGGUGACCUGAGCGGACCGGGCGGCGUCAUCUUGUCGCCCAACUGGCCCGAGUGGUACGGUGAAGGGGAGGAGUGCGCGUGGAAUAUCCACGUUGGAGAAGACAAGCGGGUGCUCAUCGACGUGCAGCUUCUCAACAUCAGCGACGGGGACUUGCUGACAGUGACGGACGGCGACGAGGGUGCCGCCCGCUCGCUGGGCCACUACUCGGGGGGGCGUGCCCCCUUCAAGCUCUUCUCCAGCACCCCCGACCUCAGCGUCACCUUCCAUUCGGAUCCGGCCGGACUUGUGCUGGGCAAAGGGGAGGGGUUCAUCAUUAAUUACAUGGAGGUCUCCCACAACGACUCGUGCGCCGACCUGCCCGAGAUCCAAAACGGCUGGAAGACACGCGUGGACGGCUUGGCAUUACGCGGCGCCCGCGUGACCUACCAUUGCGACCCAGGAUACGACCUGCAGGGCGGCGACACCCUCACGUGCCAGAUGGACCUGUCGUGGAGCACACAGCCGCCGUUUUGUCAGAAGAUCAUGUACUGUUCAGACCCAGGUCACGUGGAGCACGCCGCCCGCUCCCUGUCGGAUCCCAAACUGCUCGUGGGGACCACUGUCCGAUACCGCUGCAACGGCGGAUACAUUCUACAAGGUGGCGCCACCAUCACCUGCUAUGGCCGUGAGCCUGGGACGCCGGUGUGGACUUCACACCUCCCACGAUGUGCCCCUGAGGACUCGCUGUCCUGCGCCAACCCCGGCGUCCCCGACAAUGGUUACCAGCUGACGUCCAAGCGCAUCUUCUCGCCCGGGGAGACGCUGGCCUUUGUCUGUUAUAACGGUUACCAGCCGGUCGGUGACGUCACCAUUAAGUGCGUCCAGGGAAGCCCCUCCUACUGGAGCGGACCAUUGCCCAUCUGCAGAGCUGACCACGCCUGCUUCGCCAACCACGCUUUGGAAGUGUCACACGCCAGCGGCGGCGUCGGCGCGGCGGUGGACGGCAGCAGUUUGCCGUUGGCCGGGUUGGUCCUGCUUCUGCUGAUGUCGGCGCUCCUGGGAGGCAUUUACGUGCUGGCUACACGGUGCCGUCCUGGCUCCGACCUCGGUCUGCCUCUGGUGUACCCUCACCCGUACCGGCAGAUCACCGCGGAGACGGAGUUUGAGAACCCCAUCUAUGAGCCCCCUCGUGUGCUUUGUGCGCAGGACUCUCGUGAAUAUGAAGUGUCCAUUUGAGAAACGCCAAAAAGACCCUGCCACACGCUUCCCGGGAGGAGGUGAUGUAAAUAGCUUCGAAGAUGUCUUCAGAUGCCCACUUGGGUGGUGGG